AUGGACUGUGAGCCGUCACUGAAAGUCUGGGUUGUUGACCGUGAGCUGGCGGAUGCUCUGCCUCGCUGGGCCCUGAUAUCUGCUGGGAGUGAGUUCCUCCAAGUGGGAGUCGGAGCGGAAAAGACCCUGGCUCUGGUGGACGACAGCAGAACGUCCUUGGGGCCGGGGACCACCAGUAAAUUACUGUCGGAGGAUCUGCUGGUGGUGGGAGCUCCUUACGAAACCAACGGGCAGCAGAAAACCGGGGAUGUCUACAAGUGUUCCGUGGAUGUCGAAGCCAACAGUACCUGCUCCAAGCUCAACCUCGGCCGAGUCACUCUUUCCAAUGUGUCGGAACGCAAGGAUAACAUGCGGCUGGGUCUGAGCUUGACCACAAACCCCAAAGACAACAGCUUUCUGGCCUGCAGCCCUCUCUGGUCUCAUGAGUGCGGAAGUUCUUACUACACCACAGGAAUGUGCUCCCGGGUGAACUCCAACUUCAGAUUCUCCAAGACUGUUGCUCCAGCCCUCCAGCGAUGCCAAACGUACAUGGACAUAGUUAUUGUGCUGGACGGCUCCAACAGCAUCUAUCCCUGGGUGGAAGUCCAGCAUUUCCUGAUCAGCAUCUUGAAGAAGUUUUAUAUUGGUCCAGGCCAAAUACAGGUUGGAGUUGUGCAGUAUGGGGAGAACGUCGUGCACGAGUUUCACUUGAAUGACUACAGGUCUGUGAAGGACGUGGUGGCCGCUGCCAGCCAUAUCGAGCAGAGGGGAGGCACAGAAACCCGGACCGCGUACGGGAUUGAGUUUGCACGCUCAGAAGCGUUCCAGAAAGGAGGGCGGAAAGGAGCCAAAAAAGUGAUGAUUGUCAUAACGGACGGAGAAUCCCACGACAGCCAGGACCUCGAGAAAGUGAUCGAGGACAGCGAGAAAGAGAACGUCACCAGAUAUGCCGUGGCAGUGCUUGGUUAUUACAAUCGACGUGGAAUCAACCCCGAAGCCUUCCUGAAAGAAAUAAAAUUCAUAGCAAGCGACCCGGAUGAAAAGCAUUUCUUCAAUGUCACUGAUGAAGCCGCUCUGAAAGAUAUCGUCGAUGCUCUCGGAGAAAGGAUUUUCAGUUUGGAAGGCACCAACAAGAAUGAAAUAUCCUUUGGGCUCGAAAUGUCCCAGACGGGAUUUUCAUCACACAUUGUGGAAGACGGGGUGUUGCUCGGAGCGGUCGGUGCUUACGACUGGAACGGAGCCGUGCUCAAGGAGACCAGCAGUGGCAAAGUUGUUCCCCACCGGGAAUCCUACCUCCAGGAAUUCCCAGAGGAGCUGAGGAAUCACGGAGCAUACUUAGGCUACACCGUCACCUCAGUGGUGUCUACGGGACAUGGCAGGUUUUAUGUUGCAGGAGCACCCAGAUUCAACCACACAGGGAAAGUGAUCAUUUUCACCAUGCACACUGACCGGAACCUCUCGAUCCACCAGUCAUUGAAAGGGGAGCAGAUUGGUGCCUAUUUUGGAAGUGAAAUCAGUUCGGCAGAUGUUGAUGGCGACGGGGUCACCGAUGUCCUCUUGGUCGGAGCUCCCAUGUACUUCAGCGAAGGGCGAGAGAGGGGAAGGGUGUACGUCUAUGUUCCAAAAGAGGACCGAUUUAUUGCCAAUGGGACCCUGGAAGACUUCCCAAGCUACCAGAACUCCCGCUUUGGUUCCUGCAUAGCAUCUGUUCCAGACUUGAAUCAGGACUCCUAUAAUGACGUCGUUGUGGGCGCACCUCUCGAAGAUGAGCACCAGGGAGCCAUAUAUGUCUUCCAUGCCUACAAGGACAACCUUGUACGGAAAUAUAAGCAGAGAAUCGCAGCAGCAGACCUUUCUCCGAGGUUGAUGUAUUUUGGGUGCAGCAUCCAUGGGCAGUUGGACCUGAAUGAAGAUGGGCUGGUCGACCUGGCCGUGGGCUCCCUCGGAAAUGCUGUGCUGUUAUGGUCCCGCAGUGUGGUCCGCAUCCGAGCCAGCGUCCAGUUUGAUCCGCUUAAGAUCAACAUCUUCAACAAGGACUGCACCCGGAACGGAAAGGAAGCCACGUGUCUGUCUGCCCUGGUUUGCUUCACAGCUGUCUUCCUCUCGGCGCACUUUCAGACAGCCAGCGUGGCACUGAAUUACAACGUCACUCUUGACGAACGCCGGUACGUCCCACGCGCCCAUCUGGAUGAAAAUGGAGACCGGCACGCCCACAAGGCGGCCAUGUUGUUUGCGGGGCAAGAACACUGUGACCGGCUGGAUUUCCACGUUAUGGACACGGCCGAUUACGUGAAGCCCAUGACUUUCUCCAUUGAUUAUGCCUUGGAUGGUUCUGACAGUGGUCCGGUGCUGGAUGACGGGUGGCCGACCUCCCUGAAAGUCGCUGUGCCUUUCUGGAAUGGAUGCAAUGAGGAUGAACACUGCAUCCCUAAUUUGGUCCUUGAUGCUAAAGCUGACCUUCCGAGUGCCAUGGAGUAUUGCAGACGUAUCCUGAGAAAGUCGCAUUCGGAUUGCUCGUCCUACGCGCUGUCUUUUGACACCUCCGUUUUUGUCAUAGAGAAUUCCAGGAGGAGGGUGGCCGUCGAAGUGGCGCUGGAGAACCGAGGGGAAAAUGCAUAUAACACCGUUCUAAACAUUUCCUUCUCGCGAAACCUGCGGUUUGCAAGCUUGAUCCAAAAGGUUCAUACGCUGACCGCGUGGGUUGACUACAGGGUCCCUUCCUUCCUCAGCUGCUUCUCUUUUUCCCCCUCCUUCAGGACUUCCAGCCAGAACUAUUAUGAAAUUGUGUCUAACGAUUCCCUGGAGAGAGACGACAGUGUUGGGCCGCCCUUUAACUGCACUUUCAAGCUUCAGAACCUGGGCCUCUUUCCGGUCGAUUGGUUGGCUAUCAGAAUCACAGUCCCGGUGGCCACCCGGGGAGGCAACCGCCUGCUGCAGCUGCUGGAUUUCAAGGUUGUCGAUGAGGAAAGUACGAUCUGCACCAUUGGAGGCAACAACACAGACUACCGAAGGACCCCUUCGGACGAAGACCUGGGCCGCCACCCCCAGCUGAACCACAGCAACUCCGACGUGAUCCUGAUCGAGUGCAGCGUGACUCUGGCGGCCGGUGAAGAAGCGAGCUUCGGCCUGCACGGCCAUCUGUGGAUGAAGUCACUCCGAGCUCUGAAGUUCAAGUCGCUGAGAUUCGUGAUCAACGCCGCCUUGCAGAGGGGUUUCCGCAGUGCCUUUGUCUUCCGAGAAGAGGAGCCCAGUCGGCAGAUAACGUUUGAAAUCUCCAAGCUGGAAGAGUCCCACGUCCCCAUCUGGAUCAUCAUCGGGAGCACGCUCGGGGGCCUCUUGCUGCUGGCACUCCUCGUGCUGGCACUGUGGAAGCUCGGCUUUUUCAAAAGUGCCAGUCGCAAGAGGGACCGAACGCAAGACCAGAACUCCAAAGACUUGGACUGAGGCCUCCGGUUCCCAGAGGAAGAAAAGAAAAUCUGUUACUCCUCACAGCCAAGAAGGGAAUUGGGGUGAAGGCCUCUCUUUGCAUUGAUCACGCUCCAAAGCCAUCGAACUGACUCUAAGGGCCCACAGAAAGACAAAGCCGGCUAAAACUACCUUCAAGCUCGUUUUAACUGCUUCCUUCUGCCUCAGACGUGGGCAGGGAGGGUCUCUUAAUAGGGUCUGUGCGGUUUUUUCUCUCUCAGCCAUAGCACCAAAAAGCCAACGCCAGCUGCCCAAGGCAGACCAGUAUUACAUCGCAGGUGAUCGUCAAACCUCUCCCAAUAGCACAUUCUCUCUCUACAACACAAUUGCCUCUUGUGCUUGAGGGCACCUACAUGCCUUCUGCUUGCAACCCCACUGGGCUUUACAUCCCAGAAGAGGAGGACGGCUUGCGUCCAUGGACUUUUCUCCAGCAGCUGUUCCAGCUGUGGGCCAUCCGAGUCUCAGAGGAGGAAGAGCCGCACUGUGAUGACCUGUACACGUGGGCCUUCCAAGAGUUGAAAUGUCCGUGCCUUCAGACGGGCGGAACCACUUUUUCGAAGCAGCACAACGCCCCAGUAAUUUGGGGGUGCGAAGCGCUGAUCAAAAAGUCUCUGCAAAGAGCCGGUGUCUGGAUAACAGGAAUACAGCGGAGGUUAGGAACUUUGCUAAAGGUGAAUCAACUUGGUCCAAAGGAAGCUUUGCAAGGAAUCACAGAGGACCGAGCGCAUCGGAAUGAGACUGUGCUGACGAGCAAACUGAGCAAUUAGGUCACCACUUCCCAGCUGGCCUUUUGGGGGGGGGGGGGCACAAAGGUACAGCCUGUGGGGUACUUCUCCCUGAGCCUGUCCCCUUGAAAUGAAUCAGAGGUCCCGUUUGUCCCAAAAGAACUGAGGCAUGAAUGUGCCCGGGGCAUUGGGUGUCAAGCAUCCACGCCCCUUCCUGCCUCUCCCGCUUUCUAAACCAGGGGUCCCUGACCUUUUUAAACCUAGAGACCAGAGUUCUGCAACCUGCAACUCUCCAGAUGCUCAUGGACUACAGUUCCCAUCAGCCUCUGCCAGGCGCCGUCUUGUAGGCCUUGGUGCAGAGGGGGCAUUGAUGCGGGCGCUCCGUCUGGUGGCUGAGCUGGUGCUUGCGGAGCUGCGCACGGUCGGGGAACUCCCUCCUGCAGUUGGGGCAGAUGAGUUCGCUAACCGAGCCACCGUAAGCGCUGGCCGUGUGGGUCUUCAGGUGACGCAGCACUCGUGGCACGCUGGGGAACGUCUUGCCACAAGUCAGGCACUUGUAGCGCCGGCCUGAUUGGAUGUAGCCGGCCUCUUCCUCUUCCUCCUCAUCCUCCUCCAACUUCACCUUCACGACUUCCUCUUCCUUGACCAUCUUUGGAGAGGGCGGUGCCUGAAACAAACAUGGAAAUUAAAGUCAUGGGGCCGGUCUUGCCAUGAUAGCAACCUCUGGCACACGAAUACACAUCCAACCCAGAAUACACAUCCAACAUUGAAGAAGAAGAAGAGUUGGAUCUGGCUGAUGGGGCUGAUGGGAACUGUAGUCCAUGAGCAUCUGGAGAGCCGCAGGUUGCAGAACCCUGCUAUAGACAUUGUGUGAGCCUCUGACACACUGUGGUGGGCAUGGCCACAACACAGCUGCCGCAGGGCACGGAGCCAGCCACAAAAUGGCAACCACAGCAAACCUUCAGAUGCUCGUGUUGUGGCGGCAGCUGCUUGUGUUGCUCGUGUUGUGGCGGCAGCUGCUGCCAAAGCCGUCUUUUAAAAAAUCCGCGCAGUCACUCCAAUCUCCAGCGGCCAAUCAGAAGCACCCCCUGGCCCCGCCCACACGCUACAAACAUGUGCCAGGAAAGGUGCCAGAGGGCCCACAGGCAACAUGUCGGGGGCUCCUUUUCUAAACAGAGAAGUUGCAGAUCAAGGUAUUUUAUGCACUGAACUCAGACACGGAUCAUUGUAAGCACCUUAAUGCUGGCCUUCAGUCCUCAGCUGUAUAUAAUUAUUUUUUGAAAAUGUUUACCUUUCUUAUUGUUAAAGGUGAAAAGGAUUUUUUAAAGAUGCAGCCAAACCAGUUUGAAGUGUUUUCCCGAUUUCCAAUAAUGACAGGGGGGAAAAAACAACUCCAGUGUAUUAUGUGUAUAUACUUUUGUAUGAUGGAACGGUUUUAAUGUGACCAUUUUUUUCCCUUUUGCAUCAUAAUGAUUAUUUAUGCUAUUAAUUUUAAUGACUGAAAAGAGUUGUGGGGGAGGGGGACUCUGCCCAGCCAAAUGCAAUAUAUGUAAAUUACUGUAUGGGGGAGGGUUAUGACAUUAAAAAAUAAUGUAAAUGGAAA